UUUUAACUAGAAUAUACAAACAGUACAAAGGUUUGUAGAUGAAUUAAUCUGUUAACUUUUGUGAUUUUGAAACUGGAUCAGGUAGAUUUGAAAGGAAAUACCUUUGGUUUAUUGGCGGCACAUCCUUUGACUCCUUUUCUGUCCCUGCAUCAUCCUGAUUACACUGAUCCAAUCUUUCCAAACAUGACAACCACACAAGCCCUGAAGCAUUUAUUUGAAGCUGUAAACGUUGAUUCCCAGAGGGUGCUGCAACAAGCAAUUUGCUAUGACAGACGGUUUUCAUGGACAGUUUCAGUUUCAUGGGGCUAUGCUGUUCAGGUUUUCCCAAACCAUAUGCUUUUGCCAGAUGUUCUAAAGGUGCAUGAGACAUUCAAGCAGUGGAAGAAGGGAAGUAUGUUGGCAAAAACAUACACUUUCAACACAAGACAACUUCACAACGACCCUUGUAAAAGAUCCACCGUUUUCUUUCUAGACACUGUCUCAUCUUCCAAGGAUGGCACCAUAAGCAGUUACAAGAAAUCUUUUCAGAAUUGCUCAAACGAUGCCGUGUCACCGAACAAACUGGAAGUGAUCAAAGUCCUCUCACAAAAGUUAGACCUUGACAUCAAACAGUUGCUUGCUCCAAGAAGGCAUUGCUGUGAUGUGUUGCCAUCUACUGCCAAGGACAAAAUGGAAAUCACAAUCAGGGAAUGCAAAGAUCAGGAGUUGGUUUACAAGCACUGACAGAAGGGUUGCCUGUGACUAAAUCUUGAUUCUUUUAUUCAUAAUAUAAUGUUAAAGUAUCAUGUAGUUGAUGCUUGAUACGAAUGAAGAUAGAUGAGAUUGCAAGAGUAGAUUAAUUAGAAGCUUUUGCCCAACAUUUUGUAUCUCCAGUGUAAAAAAUACGAUUGUGCCUGAAAUUA